AUGUCCAACAAUUCAUUACGAAAGAAAACAUGGAGUGAAAUCUGUGUGGAGAAAGAUGUAGGAAUAUUACUCAAAAAUAUCGAUUUGAUUCAUGAACAAAGUGCGGUAGAAUUACCAAGUAAAAAGGAAGUCAAGUUGCGGAUGAAAAAUUUGAGGUUGCACUCGUCGGGUGUAUUCAGUAACGUUUACCGUGGCACAUUGCUUAGUCCUGGACCACGCAAAGAAAUCGCACUUAAAAAAACUUGGCCAGAUUUCGAAGAGGACUCACAAGUAAAUACAGAAUUGAACAUACUGCUUGGUUUGAGCUGCAAAAGGCACAAAAAUAUUAUUCGAGUGUUGUAUACCUUUCGAAAUCUGUGA